CUUUUCGCUUCUUUCUCAUGUCUGAAGAAUUGUGGAAUGACUUGCAGUAUAUGGUUUUGGGUAGAGAUGACCCAGAACUAUUUAUUCCACAUGAGAAUUAUGCUGGUAUGUUAGCCAGGAACCAAGUUAGCUUGAUUGGGAGACUUUUGAACCCCAGAGAGCAAGAUCUUCGUCGUGUGAUCUCAUACUUACCUCCUCUUUGGGGAAUAGCAUUGCGGGUCCAUGGUCGGAUAUUGGAUGACAGUUAUGUCCAGUUCCUGUUUUCUUCAGAAGUUGAUAUGGUUGACGUUCUUAGAAUGGGACCUUGGAUGGUUGAUAACUGGUUUGAAGCUUUGCAAAGGUGGGAAGACUUCCCUGAGCUGGAAUUUCUUACAAGUAUUGAUAUGUGGGUUCAAAUUCGAGGUAUACCUCUGCCUUAUGUCUCAGAAGCAACUGCUAGGUUUAUUGCCAAAACUAUUGGAGAGAUUGUCCAUCUGGAUUUCAAUGAAGAAACUUCUUCGCAGAUUGCUUUUAUCAGAGUAAAAAUAGGCAUUGGAAUCACAGACCAUUUGCGUUUCUUGAGAAAAGUCAGAUUUGAAUCAAGUGAAAAGGCCAUGAUAGGUUUCGAGUAUGAAAAACUCAAGAGGAUAUGUACUAAUUGUUCUCGCAUAAACCAUGAUUCCUCCCACUGCCCGUAUCUUGUUCUCCUAGUCUAUCAUGAGGACAUCCUUGAUGUUCCACUAGCCCCUGUUUUCGAAGAAGGAGAGGGAUCCAACAUUUACAGCUUUCUGAUUGAGAAGCCUUCGUCUCUUAGCUCUGAGCUCUCCUCCUACUCUCCUAUCUCACAACCGCCAAGACCUCCUACCCUGGGGCCUAAUUUGGAGGAAUUCCUAGCUGCAUAUCCUCCUAGAACGAGACCUUCUUCAAGCUCAAACUGUUUUGGAGCUUCAUCAAAACCUAAGGAUGUUAUCAAAGGGAAAGAGAAAGUUCUUUAUGAAAACGGAGAGAGUUCUAAACGCAGGAAAGGGAAACAAAUUCAAGUAGAGAAUGAGAGAAACUCUCGCCAACGCAGAAAGGGUUCCGGAAUUUGGUUUUAUCCGACUGAGCAUUAAUCUCCAUGAAAACCGAAUAAAACUUUUUGUUCUCAGAGAUUGUUUUGACUCUUAGACUCUGAGAUUUCUACCUUUAGAUUUAGGUUCUUGUUUGGUUUAGACAAUAAUUAUCACUUUUCAGUUCAAGGAAAUGGAUGCUUUUGCUACACCUUUUGGUGUUUGAUCUGCUUAACAGAUGAAGAAGUGAGGUCGUAGAGGAAACUCAUAAAGACCAUUGACUACAAUCUUUUUGAUGAUGAUGAGGUGAUAAGUAAGAAACUUCCAAAUCUUAAGCCUAUGAUGUAUGCUUCAAGACCAAUUUCAAUGAUCUUCAUUGACUUCUCAGUCUUGAUGUGCAUCAUCUGGAGUUCAGCCUGUUUCCCCAUCAUCCAAUAGUUCUAAUUUCGUCUUUGUAAUCUAAACUUGCUUUAGUUUCAUGUUUGUUGUAAUAAUUCUGACUCACCAGCAUGUUUACACCAUUGAUGGUUGUUGAAAUAAUGAGAUGCGUGCUAGAUCUACAGACUUGUAUGACAGAUCUCUAUGUGCGAUGCUUAACAGAGAGAUGAAAGGAUAGUGAAGAGACGACACAAGAGAUUUGUUAACGGGGUUCGGAUAACCUACAUCCCCGGGACCAAGUCCAGAAUCAUUCAAUAGAAUUAGAACGCAAAAGUCACAUUUGCCAAUGGUAUCUAGCACACACUUGUGCCUACCACUCUAAUCUACAUGAACUAAAGGAACCACCACUCUUUAUCUUUUCCGACGAGUGUGAACCUCUACAAAAGC